AAAAAUCAUAAAUCAUCUCAAAAAUCGCCACACCUUCUGCUACAUCUACAACUCAAAGUCUCAAACCCCUCUUGCCCAAUCUCUCACAAAUCUCAACAAACAAAACAAACUCCCACACAACCUAUACACACAAACUCGUGUACGUAUAGAUCAGAUCACAAUUAACGGCCAUGUCUUCUCAAUCGCAACCAGCAAUACUUCCGAUCACGAAUCCCCAGACCACCGCUGUCGAGUCACAAGCUCCGGUGACCACGCCGGCGUUCCGAGCGUUCAUCUCCAACAUCUCCGAGACCGUCCGUACCGGCCUUGCCGCGCGUCGCCCCUGGUCGGAGCUCGUGGACCGCUCGGCGUUCUCGAAGCCGGACUCGAUCUCCGACGCCACCACUCGGAUCCGCAAGAACUACACCUACUUCAAGGUGAACUAUCUCUCCGUGGUCGCGGUCGUGCUCGCGGUCUCUCUCUUGACGAAUCCGUUCUCUCUCAUCAUCCUCCUCGGCUUGCUCGCGUCGUGGCUGUUCUUGUACCUGUUCAGGCCGUCGGAUCAGCCGCUUGUUGUGUUUAACCGUACGUUCUCCGAUCGCGAGACUCUAGGGCUUUUGAUCCUGUCGACGAUCGUUGUGGUGUUCCUGACCAGCGUUGGAUCGAUUUUGAUCUCCGCGUUGAUGAUUGGAGUGGCAAUUGUGUGUGCGCACGGUGCGUUUAGAGCGCCGGAGGAUUUGUUUUUGGAUGAGCAGGGUGAGCAGAAUAGUUCGUUCCUGUCGUUCAUUUCCGGUGCUGCUAACAAUGCUGCUGCUUCCGCUGCUCCGAUUAUCGCGACUCGUGGUUGAGGAUAUGGAGAUCUAGUUGUGUAAUUGCGGUAAAAUGCAAUGCAGUUACUUUUUCAUGGUUUAUAUACAUGUUAUGUAGGUUAAUUGAGUAUAUCUUUUGUUUUUUUGGUGAUGGAAUGAACUUAUCCUGGUGGUGGUGGUGUAUUUGUGAAUUGCACAAUUUCAGUCUUAUGAUAAUACCUUAAUCAAUAUUUGGCUCGUAA